GAAAUGGAGAAGAGAAGGAAUCACAUCUAGAAGGGGAGGAAGAAGAGAAGACUCAAGAUGGGGAACAUGAUGAAACUGAUGGCUUCCAGUUCUGAGACAACUGAAAAGAAUACAGUAGAAAAUGGCAUGUCUAUGGAUGAAGAAAUCUUAACAGUCCCCAUCAGCAACGACCUUUAUGCGAUUCUUAAGAGAAGAGAGAACUACCUAUGCAGUCUGCUUCAAAAGAAGUUUGGUUGCAUAACUAUCCUUAAAAGUAAAAGGAACCCCACUGAAGUUUAUAGGAAGAACUUGAAAGAAGGAAUUGAAGUUUCGGUCUUGUUCGAUGACCUGACCAGGCACGAAGCCGACGCUUUGGUAAAUCCAGCCAAUGAAAAACUGUAUCAUUUUGGAGGCCUUGCAUUUGCCCUUCUGAAAGCCGGCGGGCCAGAAAUUGAAGAGCAGUGCAAGAGUUUCAUUGAGAAGAACGGACCUCUCCGUGCUGGCCAGAUUGCAGUCACUAGUGGAGGACGACUCCCUUGCAAGCAAGUAAUCCAUAUAGUAAGCCCAAGGUGGUCCAAAGACCAACGGGAGCAAUGUUGCCUCAAACUUGAAACAGCCCUUAUAAAUAUUCUGAAAUAUGUUAAUGCGCCAGAAAACCAUAUCAAGUCUGUGGCCAUUCCUGCACUGAGCUCAGGAUUCUUCAACUUCCCGCUGGACUUAUGCACUCAAGUGGUUGUCCAGACUAUAAAGAAUUUUAUUCAGCUAGCCCCGUUAUUUGGCUACUUGCAAGAAAUCCACCUUGUGACCACUGAUGAGGCCACGGUUGAAAUCAUGAAAAGGGCUUGUGAAGAGCUGCUUGGUGGUAAUGAGCUCGUGGUAGUGAGGGGAGCAUCAGAUUCCAUCACGGUGAACAAUCUCUGCCUACAGAUCAAGAAAGGGAAUAUAGAAAAUCAGCAAACUGCCAUUAUUAUCAACUCUGUGAUUGUGCCAGAUGAUCUUUCACAAGGAACCAUUUCAAGAGCAAUUCUGGAAAAAGCAGGUCCACCUUUGCGGGAGCAAUUUCUUGCUGAAUUAAAGAAACUUCCAGCAGAUUGCCCCAAACUGGUAUGCACCAAAGGAUACAACAUUGCCUGUGAGUUUGUGGUCCAUGUAAUAUGGCCGUCUCAUGAGGGCAACACACAGCAGAAACUAAAAGCAGCAGUUUCUAAAAGUCUUCUCAAGACUCAAGAGCAGCAGUUUUCCUCCAUUUCUUUUCCUCCCCUUGGGAUUGAAGAUUUUCAUUUACCAAAGGAUGAAGUGGCACAUAUUAUGGUAGAGCAAAUAAUAUGCUUUGCACAGGAACAUCCAGGGGAAAAGCCAGAUGUCAAUAUUGUAAUUCCACCUGAAGAUGAUGAUGCUUAUGAGGCUUUCUGCACCAAGAUUAUGUCAAUCAAAAACAAGCUGGAAGAAAAAAUUGACUGUUGCAGUAUGGAUGCUAUGGAGAUACAGACUGACAUUCAAGCCAAUGCAAGUUCUGAAAAAAAUGGGCCAUUUGUAGAACUCAUUGGACGCAGUCAUGAAGCCCUGGAGGAAGCGGAACUGUGGCUCAAGAACAUAAUGCAGGUUGAGGACACGAACCAAAUUGUUAUAAGAAAUUACAGCCAUCUAAACCUUAGCCAAAGUCAGCCUGUGGAACUGUCCCAUCUGCAACAGCAUUUUGGUAUCACCAUAUUGGAGAGUUUGACUAGAGAGGGGUCAGCAUUAGAGAUCGAAGGUUCCCCCCAAGCUGUGAUUGAUGCAACAUUCGCCAUUGAAUUCAUGCUACAGAAUACAGCUGACCAGAAUACAGCUGACCAAGAGUGCCUGAAGGCAGAUGGACAUUUGGGAAAUGAUCCUCAUCAGGAAGGGUGCAGAGAGAUGGCAAGCAAAUACUGUCACCAAGUCAUUCCAAUAGAGUCGUAUCUCCAAGAAUUCAAAAACAAAGAAAAACAGCUUGAAAAAUCUGGUCUCCGUGUUCUCAAGAUAGAGAAAAUAUAUAAUCCUGUUUUAGAAUCUGCUUUCCAAAGGAUUAAAAGAAAAAUAGAAGGAAAAAAUAGUGGAAGGCCAGUUACCCAUAGGUUAUACCAUCGUGUUCCAGCUCAAUAUUGCAGUCUGGUCUGCAAAACUGGAUUUCAGACAACCUACUCAUCUUCACAUGACCAAAAGUAUGGAGCUGGCAUCUACUUUAACAAGAAUCCCAAGAACCUAGUGGCAGAUACCAGGGAAAAGUGUGAAAUGGACCACCUGAUCUGUGCAUUUGAGGCAGAGGUUGUAACAGGCUUAUACACUAGGGGCAAUCGAAGCUAUGUAGUACCACCAUUAAUUAAUGCAAGUGGAAUGAAACUCUAUGACAGUGUAGUUGAUGAUAUUCAUAACCCUGACAUCUUUGUCAUUUUUAAUAAGGAACAGGCUCUGCCACUGUAUUUGUUGACUUGUUCCCUGAUUUGGAAUCCAGGGCAGAAGACAGAUUUGGAGUCAUCAGCCCAGAAAAUAUGACACCUCAAACUUCAUUA